AUUUAAAUAUAAAUAAAUCGUUCCCCCAUUUUUGCUGUGCCCUUCCCGAGCUCUCUCUCUCUCUCUCUCUCUGAAACACAAUCGCCAUCGCGAUUUUAGGGCAAAACUAUCCGACUUCCGAGCUCGAUUGCUCUCCCUCUCGAUCUGUUCCUCAGGCUGUAGGAUUGAAUAAACAAGAAGAAACUUUUUAAGUCGGCUUCUUCAAUCUAUUGACUCUCAAGACAACAAGCCGCUGGUGUCUAGCGAGGGAUGAUUUUUCACUGGAACUUUUGACACUUGUACAAUGUCGGGUUUGAUAAAUUCUUCCCUAAACGGUUCAGCCUCGAAUCUUCCAGAUAGUAGUGGACGGUCUUUUGCAACAUCUUUCUCUGGUCAAUCUGGUUCAGCAUCUCCAGUUUUCCAUCACAGUGGAAGUCUCCAAGGGUUACAUAAUAUUCAUGGGAGCUUUAAUGUUCCAAACAUGGCGGGUACACUUGCAUCAAGAAACUCAACAAUGAAUAACAUGCCAACUGGAGGGGUACAGCAACCAGCUGGAAGCCUUUCCAGUGGACGGUUUGGGACAAAUAAUCUUCCUGUUGCACUCUCUCAGUUAUCUCAUGGCAGCUCCCUUGGUCAUUCAGGAGUCUCAAAUAGAGGAGGUAUUAGUGUUGUAGGAAACCCUGGAUUUACUAGUAAUGCAAAUGGAGUUGGUGGUUCCAUUCCUGGUAUUCUCCCAACCUCUGCAACAAUUGGUAAUCGUAAUACUGUUCCAGGAUUGGGUGCAUCCCCAAUUUUGGGUAAUGCAGGUCCUCGAAUUACAAGCUCCAUGGGAAACAUGGUUGGUGGAGGAAACAUUGGACGAAACAUAAGCUCUGGUGGAGGAUUAUCUGUUCCCGGUCUUUCAUCUCGGUUAAAUUUAAGUUCUAAUACUGGAUCUGGAAGUUUAGGAGUCCAAGGGCAAAAUAGAUUGAUGGGCGGUGUGCUUCCACAAGGAUCUCCACAAGUAAUGUCAAUGUUAGGGAACUCAUAUGGUUCUGCUGGAGGACCACUUUCACAGAGUCAUGUGCAGGGAGUUAAUAAUCUGAGCUCUAUGGGAAUGCUGAAUGAGGUGAACUCAAAUGACAGUUCCCCAUUUGAUAUCAAUUUGGAUUUUCCUCAGCUCACCAGUCGACCUAGCUCUGCAGGGGGGCCUCAAGGCCAGCUAGGUUCACUGCGUAAACAAAACCUCAGCCCUAUUGUUCAGCAGAACCAAGAAUUCAGCAUUCAGAAUGAAGAUUUUCCCGCUUUACCUGGAUUUAAGGGUGGUAAUGCUGAUUAUUCCAUGGACAUGCACCAGAAAGAGCAACUUCAUGAAAAUUCGGUGUCAAUGAUGCAGCCCCAACACUUCUCUAUGGGGAGAUCGGCUGGAUUUAACUUGGGAGGAGCUUACUCAUCUCAUCGUCCUCAGCAGCAACAGCAUGCACCUUCUGUCAGUAGUAGCAGUGUCUCCUUUUCGCCGGGGAACAAUCAAGAUUUUCUACAUCUCCAUGGUACAGAUGUGUUUCCAUCCUCCAAUUCAACCUAUCACUCACAGACGAGUGGACCUCUUGGAGUUGGGUUUAGGCCGCUACAUUCUCCUAGUACGGUCAAUGGCAUGGGUUCAUAUGACCAACUCAUUCAGCAGUACCAAAAUCAGAAUCAAUCUCAGUUCCGCUUGCAACAGUUGUCAGCUGUCAAUCAACCAUUUAGGGAACAGGGCAUAAAACCAAUUCAGGCAACACAAUCUGCUCCUGACCCAUUCGGAUUGCUAGGCUUAUUGAGCAUAGUAAGGUUGAGCGAUCCUGAUUUGGCAUCACUUGCACUGGGAAUCGACCUGACCACUCUCGGGCUUAGCUUGAAUUCUGCGGAAGAUCUGCACAAAACCUUUGGUUCUCCAUGGUCAGAUGAGCCUUCCAAGGGUGACCCUGAGUUUAGCGUUCCCCAAUGUUACUAUGCCAAGCAACCGCCCACUCUGCAUCAAGGUUACUUCUCGAAGUUCACGGUGGAGACAUUGUUCUACAUAUUCUACAGCAUGCCAAAAGAUGAAGCCCAGUUGUAUGCUGCAAAUGAACUUCACAACAGAGGCUGGCUUUAUCACAAGGAUCUCAGGUUAUGGUUGACGAGAGUACCCAACAUAGAGCCCCUUGUGAAGACUAAUACUUAUGAGAGAGCGUCAUAUCAUUGUUUGGAUCCAAACACAUUCGAGAUAAUACGCAAGGAUAAUUUUGUUCUCCAGUAUGACAAGUUGGAGAAGAGACCAGCCUUACCUCAACAUUAACAGCGGUCUUGAGUUAUACUUUUGUAAAGCCUUAUUAAUUUGCAAGAGAUGAUGGUAUUUAGUUCGGCCUUAGUUGGUCAGCUGUGCAAAUUUAAUAUUCGAAUGAGCAGUUAGUUCUGUUAAAUGUUCUAGUAGACUCGCAAACAUCCUCCCAAAAAAGGUUUGAAGCAGAGGUUGCCAUGGCUUGACGCUGGGUCCAACUGGGGGAAAGUUAUAUUGCA